GUUCAAUCGACAGGGCUGGCUGGCUUGAUACUUCGAUUCAACAUUUUUGUCCGCAUUUGGAGAGGGUCCUUCGCCUCGAGCCUGGGGUUUCAAAGUAGGCUUUCAUGCAGCCAGUCCCAGGAAUCUAGACAUCUGUGUUCUCAAGCUAUGGGCUGCUUUGCGCUCAAGGGCAAGCCCUGUUAAGUCAUCGCCCAUGUAAUCGACCAGGACGUAGAGCCAGAAGAGUGGGCAGAGGUAUACGAGGCUUUGCAAAGCACGCAUGUUGGUCGCAAGCAGGCUCCGCAGAGGGGAAGAGAAGGUUUGCAGGGCCUCUUUCCCAGGGGACAGUCACUUAAAUACCAGGCCAUGAGACAAGAGGUCACGGAAUGGGCCAAUGAUGAUGUCGCCACGGAGCAAUUGGGGAUGCAUGAGGGGCGCGAAAGUCCAAACAUUAGGGCCGGGAGGACUGGGGCUUCAGAGUCAGGCAUACAGCUGCUCCUCUUGAGUGCACGACGGGGUCUCAAAAGGAAAGGGGAGCUGGAGGUGUUCAACUGCGAUUCCCCCGAAGCUGACCCCCUUUUGGAGCUCGAGAGUUUUAGCUGGAACAAGGCUCUAGGCCUGCGAUUGCGCAGCACCAAGUCGGGCAAGCUCCUGAUGACGCUGGUGCCGAUUCAGCGGCCAACGGGCUCCCUGCCCGUGGACCUGCCCCAGGAGUGCCGCCUGCCAGGGAUCGACAGCGAACAGCUGGAAAACACCUGGGAGCUUUGCAGAGUCUAUGCCGACGGCCGGGUUGUGGCCUCCCUCCGCUGCUCCCCCCAGCCGAACUGCCCCCCCCGCUCCUGCUGGCAUGACUUAGGUCACCCGCUGAGGCUUCGGCGGCGGCCUUGCCGCCAGAGCUUCCGUCUCUGGGUCGCUGCUGCGGGGGCCGUCGAAGCUGCCUGCUCUCGGUGCGCCAGCUUCAAAACGGACGACUCCAGCGGCCACGAGCUGACAUGGGCGCUGAGCCGGGGUCUGGGCGUGUCGGUGACGCUGCGCGCUUCUGAAGAUGCGCCGCGCAACGUGAGAGAAGAACUCGGAAGCCGCAAGGAGUCGGGUGUUCGGAAGGACGUGGCGGAGUAUUGGGAAGAGGUUGCAAGUGCGCGGAAACGGUGGGAGACGGGGCAGGCGAACGAGAAUAGGGAGACUGGGGGGGACGGGGAGGCAGUGCGGGCAGCUGAUGGGGGAGCAUCUUCAACGGAGACUGACAAAGAAACUGAGGUCAAAGGCGUGGUUGAGCGGGAUCAGGACACUUUACCGAGUAGGACAGAACAUACCAGAGAGCGGAAUGGUGUGGACUCAAGAGUCAGCGAUGCGGAGCCGUCAGGGAGAGGCCUGGGAGAGAGCAUGGGGAUAGAGUCAAAGAAUGGCGGCACUGGCCCAUCGGGAAGGGACCCGGAGGUUUCCGGAGCGGUUGCACGUGCAGACGCAUGGGGGCACGUUCCUCAGCGGUCACUAGAGAGCGUCGACGAGUUUUUUGAGUGCGAGAGCAGGCGGUACUCCGAGAGCGGCUCGGAAGCGAGCGUUCGCGACAUGGAUGUAGGGGCCGGACGGCCCUCGUCAAAGAGCCUGAGCGGCAUUGGGGGCCAGGGCUGGACUGCGAGACCCGAAUCGGCUAACGGGCGUCAGCCGCACUCAACCGGAGCGUCGCAUGAUUGUAGCAGGAGCGUCGAGUGUUUUCGAGGGGGCGUUUUCCGAGAAGAGGGACAGUCAGGGAGCAGCAAGACUUGCCAGACAGACGCGCAUCAAGCGGAUGCCACCUGUCGGAGGGGAGACGAGGUUGCAGAGCCGCCUUUGAGGAGAUUGGGAAUACUGGAGUCAUUCCUCUCGAGUUCGAUGGGGAGCCGUCAGGAGUCUGGGAUGAACGAUCUCGAGCGACCGCUGCUCCCUUACCGGUCGUCGGGCCUGCAAUACGACCCUGCUUCGGAUAUUCGGGCGUUGCAUCCCCAGGGUUCGUUAGUUCCCUCGGGGUUCAACACGUCAGCAAUGGUGCCGUUGUCGGCAGAGCUGGCACAGGCCCCGGUUGGCAAAACGGAGAUAGUUUUCAGUGACGUAAGCGGCGGCGCGCGGUCGGGGGAGUCCGUGAUUGCGUCAGCAAGAAGUUCGGGUUUUGCUUGUAGGAAACGGCUCAAUCUGAGAGUGUCAGCGACGUGCCCCGCUGAUACCUUGGCACUGACCAUGCUCGCACAUUAUCUGUGGGAGGUGGUGGACGUAGGGAGCUAGUGCACUGGCCGGUAUGUGUACAUGGCGGUGUAAGAUUUAUUACCAGGUACCUUGCAUCCUACUAAAUGAAGAGAGAUCACCACAAGACGGUACAGUUCGAUUCAUAUCGAAAGCACUCGAAUUGUGAUCAAACAAUCGUGCUCAGCAGUAGUUGUGUGUAUGUUAGCAACUACGCUGUACAUACGGAUAGCAUGGGUAGAGUUGAUUUUUCACGUUGCAUUCAACCAACGUUUGUUUGCGCUCGCUGGGCGGUCCGUAUUGCAAUUAGCUGCCCCCUUAAAGUUUGCGACCGA